CUUUAUAGUUUUAAUGCACUUAUUUGUAUGUUUAACUGGCAGUUUAUCUGCCUAUCUUUUUAGUAUUGUGCAAUCCAUACAGUAACCUGAAAUUAAAUCCAUAUUUGCACAUUUAAACCAAGGUUUUCGUGGCACAGAAUGGGCCUUUUGGUGGGGCAGCAGCAAAGCGAGUAUGAUGUGGAACAGGAAAUGCAGUCACUAUGUGUCACCUUAUUUGAUAGAAAACUAUGGGUUUUCUUGUUAUUUCUGACCAUUUUAGGAUCAAAUAAUGUUUAUCUGGCUCAUUAAACUCUAAUUAAUUAAACUAGCUGAAAUCAUAAACUGUUGAUUUUCCAGUCAGUAAUGACCCAAAUAACUGCUAUGCUAUUGUGAGUUAAAUGAAUGACGUACAAAUUUAAUGUACUUGCAAAAAGGACAUGUCUGAGCUUGAAAUUCUGGGUCAGUGUUAAAAAUGCUAAUUUAGCCAAAAGUGGUAGAGUUUUGGGGACCUUUUUUGUUGUUGUUAUUGUUUAGUUUUCCUUUUUGCAACAUGGAAACAAGGGAGAAAAAAGAAACUUCCCUCUUCAUCACACUUUAUUAAACAAGAUCUAAAACAACUUUUAACCAGUGCAACACUGAUGCAACACACUAGAUAAACAUUGGCUUCUGCCACUGAUAAUUUACUUUAGCAUCGAAAUAUCUCACAUGAAAAAUUUGUAAACAUUAAUGUUAUCCUCCUCCUAGUUACUUUUUUCCAAUCUAAAAAAAAAAUUCUGUUUUAGUCAUAAGUUGAGCUUUGUCAUACAAAGCAUACAUGUCCAGUUUAAUGCUACUUCUAAAUGGACAUAGUGUGGAUUUCACUUAUAUUUGCUUAACAUCUGUCUUUGCAAUGUUUUUUUUGUAAUUCUUUUUUAAAUUCUGUAUUAACACUGAUUUAAUUGUCAAGUUUCCCUUACUUGUAUGUUCUGGGAUCUCUGUUUGCUCUCACUGGCCACAAGAGGAUGCUGAGUGACCUACAGCAUCAAAGACAUUUAGAGGCUGUCCACUCUACCCAGUCACAGUGGAGCCUUCUUGUCUGUAGGCGUAUGUAGUGAUUAUUAGUCAAAUACUUUCCAAAUGUUCAGGCCUCACCCACGAAUUAGUGUGGUAUGAGAAGUGGGAGUGUCUGAACCUAGCCUGUCCCUGGCGCUCUGGUUACUUCUUUCAGUCUGUGUGCUGUACUUCUUACUGUGCUGGGUCCAAGGUGCUUUGCUUUGGAUUGUUUAGAUUAUGGCCUAAAAACAAUCUACACAAAAUAGUUAGCUGCCCGUAAAUAUUUUGUAUAUCUGCUCAAGGACUCAUAAUCUGUUAGGAUGAGAAGUGCAACGUGAAAGCCUAGAGUAGUGAUAGAUUGUGGACAUUAGUGCAUGUGAUGACAGUGAGACAGCCUGAGACAGCUGGAGGCAUACGCUCCUCAGGACCCCACCUCCUACAUGUUAGUGACAUGCUAAAGAGGUGCAUGAGGAGAUCUUCAAGUAGACAUGUAAAAUAACAGAGCAGGAGAAUGAGAUCUAAUGUUUGUUUCAACUUACAUGUUUAUAUAUUAGAAACAUGACUAGCAGGACCAGUUGUAGCACUAGUGGUAGUAUGUUAUAAAAUAAAUAACUAUGCUUAACUAUGGUCUUACAACUUACUGCACAGCCUUAUAGGCACAGAUAAACAGCGUAUUUCAAUAGAGGACAAUAAAAUGAAAUUAACUAAUUAAACGUCCAUCAGUUUUAUCUAUUAUAAAUUUUGGGGUUGAGGUAAAACCUCAUUCUUCAUAGCUAUAGUUGAUUAUUUAAUAGCCUGACCACAAGAGGAAGUGUGGAUUGUAGAGUCACUCUUUGAAACUAGAGUAAUCGAUUAUCUUUAACUGUCUAUCAGGGGCUUUCUUUGUUUCUGUUCUUUAUCUUGAGCCUUAAUCAUUUGAACAGUUGGAGGGUUGAAUCUAAACUUUUGGAUAUUUGCAUACAUACACACACACACACACACGCACUCUCACACACACCACUGUGAAAUUUGCCCGCUAAUGCCCUCUCUCCGCUGAUCAAUCAGUUAUAAGGCAACUGCUGGGCAGUUUGUAUAUUCUGCUGUGAUGUGUCAUGGCAUGUGGCCACACUGUGUCACUCAAUAUUAGAGGGAUUGUGAGGGUGAAUAAAUGCAAUACUUCUAUUUUAAGACAACAAAAUGAAUUCCUGCAUACAGAUGCAUUCUUCAAAGGAUUACUAAAAAAUUCGAUUUAUGUCACACUGAUGCAGCCUGGAACAGCUGGUCUGACUUUGACAUCAGACACUGAUAUAGAUAGCCUUGGUUCCCUUGUGCUGGCAUUGGAUACCCAGAACUCUGCCAGUGAGAUGAGGUGUGGCAGCACAUUCAUCUUCUGCGUAAUUUCCUUUGAAACUGCUUCCAUUAGAUGCUGCUCAUUGUCAGGAUAUGUAGUCGCAGGUCUUUUAUUUACACUAUGUACAGUAAAUAUCAGCUCUCCCGUGAAUGCUUGGCUUUCAGAGCUGCUGUGUAGCUCAACACGUAAAAUCACUUCAGUGUUAGGAGUCCAAUUGGUCAAACAGUGAGUUAUUGAAAUAUAGGGCAGUGAGAGCACAUUGCAUUUGAGGGUUUCACUUUUUUUUCUGUUCUCCGCAUCUGCAUUUGGUAUAUCGUGCAUUUCUUAAGACAUCUUUUUAUAACAUGCUUGGUUGCACUCAGCAACAUAGAAGCUAUUUGAAGCAGGGGGUCUGGGGUCACGUUAUCAGUUGUCUGACCUGUCAGAGAGCACCAGGUGUUAAAGUGUUUCCCGCAAGUGCUAUUAUUUUGGAGUCUCAGUCAUUUGUGCGUCAACGUUGUACAAUAGCAAAUGUUGUUUUUAACUAGUACUGUGAGCUUUCUGUAAAACUACAGGAUGCAUUGAAAGCAUAUUUCUUCAGUGGUGGCAUCUCCUACUUUCAUGAGAUUUGAAUAUCUUGAUAAAAAGUGUAAUUGUUUGACAUAUUAAUUCCUAUUACCUAGUUAUGCCAUUAAUGUCAAAAAAGUACGGUACAUCAACAUUUUAUCAUCCUGCUUAAAUAACUUAUGGUGCCAAUAGAAGAAAAAACUUUACAAACUUCCUUUACAGCCUAAUCUUUAAACAAACAGACUGCAGUGCUGUUAUACAAGUACCGGUGUGCCUGUGUCUCAGCUACAGUUUCUUCCUUUGCUGUUACAGACCCUUUGCUCUACUUCUUGUUCAUAUUGGUUACAUUGAUUUUCAUUCAAAUAUCUAGGUUAGACUGCUAUGACAUUUGUUACUCACAUCAUGUUCUGUCUGUGACCACUGUGUUAUCAGUUACUCAGUUGAAUGUCUGACAAAUAUUCACAUGUAUCCCAAAUCCCCAUCAUAGAUGGUCUAACUCAAAUCCCAGUUGUGGGGAUUUGAGUUAGAGCUUUCUGGAUUUCACUGCAACACUGGCUUUGUUCUUAUUCUGUGAACAAGCUGUGGCUCUCCCAAAGGGUUGUGAUGGUUUAAGUCGCCACUGAUUGGAUGUAGAAAUCAUGUCACUGUCAGAUAGGAUUGGUGGGUUUGGUCUCUUGAAUAUCAUAGUUGUAGAGUAUGAGUCUGCUGAAGCCCAUCUAAAAUCCAGCUUCAUCUUGCCAUCUGAGUGCUUGAAAUGCUAACACGUAGAUCUGCCAGAGGUCUCUAACAGUGAACAGUGUAUUUCAUAAUCUCAUCUGUAAUUCAGUUAAGUCAACAUGACUUAACAUAUUGUUGUGUACAAAUCAGAUUUCACAGUUUAGAGAUUGGACACAUUAUGGGGUCAGCUUGAGUUUUCCUGCUUUUCUGUUUACUAAGUGACCCAUCAGCCCGGAGAUGUUUAGCAGCUUGUCUGUAAGAUAGUUGCCUCUCAAGGUGCUGUUCAGACAACUUUCCUGGAGUGGCCCUAAGAUGAUUUAGUUUGUUAUAGCGCCUGCUGGAGCUCGUCUUAUCUAGUUAAUUAAAAAGCACAAACUUUAUACAGAACCUGUGCACCAUCACUUCUCACACCCAUGGGGUUAUUUUUACAUGUGUAAAACAACACAUUGUUAUCCCUGCUGUGUCGUGAUGGCUCUGUUUAUGGAACAGACUUCACAUUUUGUUUGCUUAUGCAAAAAUAGACUGAACAGUAGAUGAGAGUUCAAGCUUGAAUCUGGUCAAGGGUUUGUUGGAGUGUUUUUGUUUUGUUUCUUUUGGUUGUGCUUUCCUUUCUACGUUUCAUUUGUAUUAAUGAGCAUCAGCAAAAGGCAGCUGAUGUGAAAUGAAUGUAUACAAACAGCUUAUCAAGCAGCAGCAGCAUCCUGUAGGGAAGACGCCAGGGACUGGGAUUGAGCAGAAACCAGUGGAAAACUGUGGAGUCCUGUCAUCUAAAAAUACAGUGGGUGUGCUUUUAGUUUCUAUGGACAAUGACAUUAACAGAUACAGGUUUAUUUACAUAGUCUUCUGAUGCGGACAUUUCUAUGACAUUUCUGUUUGAUUAGCUACUUGCAUGAGAAGGUGUUUAGGCGUUGGGCUUUGCCCUGUCUACAAUCUCUGCAGUCAACGCAACUCUACAGCUGUUAGAUCAGUGCGUUUAUGGAGAAUUGAUGUAAUUGCCGUCAUUUCAGGAUAACAGCAAUCGGAAGUAGAUGUUUGUUUGAGGACUAAAGAUACUCAUGUUUUUCCAGAUCUAGUUUCUUGGAUUGCCCAAACAGUGCUUGGUGGUGCUUUUAAUAGGCCCAGACUGGUUCGGUCAUCAGUCUUUGAAUUUGGCAUGUCCCGUUGCCUCGCUCUGUUGCCCAUCAACUAUAAUAAGAUGUGGAAUGGCUGGCAGCCUAAGCUUGCAAAGGGAAGGCAAAACAAAAACCACCAGAAGACAGCAUGCAGAACGUAUGGGAAAAUGUAUGGCUGUCUAUAGAUAUGAUCUGAUGAGUGGACCCUUGUUUUCUGUCAUUAAAUAGUAAAUACCCUUCUUAUUUACUUUACAUACCCAUGCAUCAGUAGCUUGUUCUGGCUCAAUCUCUUUUUGUGAUCUAUGCUUGGAGGCAAAUUUAGUGACAGUAGAAGUAAUAUGCAGCUUUCAUUAUAUUCCAUCACUUCAGGGGUUUAUUCUGAAUUUUCUCAUUAGCACCCUGAUGCCUUUUAAAGAAUAAGGGGGUCAGUUUCCCAAGUUUUUUGUUUUGUGGAAGCUUUCAGAAGGAAAACCAGUUAGCUUGAACAGUGUGACAUUGUCAUAUGGAGAUCCAUCCUGUAGUUGAACUCUGGCGACUGCUAGCUGCAACAACAGGUCUGUCUCUUUACAUAACCUUCAAUGAGGACUCAGGAAUGCAAACUGGAAAGGGCAGAUCCAUUGAACCCCCUCCCAUCCCACACAUACACUAGGUGACUCCCACACACAUGCACCCAGUUCUUCCUUAUCUCCCCAGCAGCUUUGAGGCAAGGGCUCCCUGACACUGCUGCGUCUGUGUGUGUGCGUGUGCAUGUUGGGUAGAGGCUGGGACAGAGCAGCAGGCUGAGCUGAAAUUGUGAGACCAGAUCUGGAAUGGGAGAGAGAGUCACAGUAGCAGCUGCUCUCAUGCAUUAAGUGGCUCUCACUCAAACGGAGGACAACCACAGGGACAUACGCACAGAGAAGCUUCACUGCUUCCACUGCCUUUUAACUUACAGUGGUGACUGCAUGGUCAAGGGGAUAACGCUGGAUUGAGUGUUGUUUAUGUUUAUGUGUUCCUCGUCCUGUGUGGAGCGAGGAUGAGGAUGAAGGAGCUAUCCCUGCGUCAGGACCCUGACCUGAGGAAGGAGCUGGCUCUGCUGGCACGUGGAUGUGACUUUGUUCUGCCCUCUCGGUUUAAGAAGAGGCUGAGAGCCUUCCAGCAAGGACAGGCUCAGGUGAGGACGGAGGAGCCAGUCACCACAGCACUGAGUGAAAGCAUUCCCAAGUUUUACUUCCCACAGGGCCGCCCCCAAGCCAACCUUAACAUUGACGGCCUCAUUUCCAAAAUUGAGAAAAUAUUUUCCCAAUUCCCAAAUGAAAGAGCCACCAUUGAGGAUAUGGGGCAGGUUGCCAAGGCCUGUGAGUGUCCCCUCUACUGGAAAGUGCCAUUGUUCUGCUCAGCUGGAGGCGACAGGACGGGCUUCGUGUCCGUUCACAAGUUUGUGGCUAUGUGGAGAAAAACUCUGCUGACCUGUCAUGAUGACGCUUCUAAAUUUGUGCACCUCUUGGCCAAGCCUGGCUGUAAUUACCUGGAACAAGAUGACUUUAUUCCAUUCCUGCAGGAUGUAGUGAACUCACACCCGGGCCUGGCCUUUCUAAAAGAGGCACCAGACUUUCACUCGCGAUACAUCACAACGGUGAUUCAGAGGGUAUUUUACAAUGUGAACCGGUCAUGGACGGGGAAAAUAACAUGUUCUGAGCUCAGGAAGAGUAACUUUCUCCAGAACGUAGCGCUGCUGGAGCAAGAAGAGGAUGUGAACCAGCUGACAGAGUUCUUCUCCUACGAACAUUUCUAUGUUAUUUACUGCAAGUUCUGGGAGCUGGACACCGAUCACGACCUCUACAUAGACCAGAAGGACUUAGCAGGACACAAUGACCAAGCCAUUUCACAGAAGAUGAUUGAGAGAAUAUUCUCAGGAACAGUAACAAGGGACAGACGAGUGUAUAAGGAGGGGCGGCUGAGUUACGCUGAUUUCGUCUGGUUCCUCAUCUCUGAGGAAGACAAGAAGACUGACACCAGCAUAGAGUACUGGUUCCGCUGUAUGGACCUGGAUGGGGACGGGGUGCUCAGCAUGUAUGAGCUGGAGUACUUCUACGAGGAGCAGUGCCAGAAGCUGGAGGCCAUGGCUAUUGAGCCGCUGCCCUUUGAGGACUGCCUCUGCCAAAUGCUUGACCUUGUCAAGCCUGAGGUCGAAGGUAAGAUCACUCUGCGGGAUCUUAAGAGGUGCAAGAUGGCUCAUAUCUUCUUUGACACGCUCUUCAACAUCGAGAAGUACCUGGACCACGAGCAAAAGGACCCGUUCUCUGUCAUAAGGGAGGUGGAGACGGACGGACAGGAGCUGUCAAACUGGGAGAAAUAUGCUGCAGAGGAGUACGACAUACUGGUAGCCGAGGAGGCAGCCAAUGACCAGUGUAACGAUGUGUAUGAAAAUCCGCUGAGCCCUUUAGGGCAGCACAUCUCCAGUGAGCUGGGUCUGACAAAGAGACACUUCUUUGAGAUCCCCACCCCGCACUGCAACCUGGACUUGGAUGAAUAUGAGUAUGACGAUGACUUCGAAUGAUUUUUGUUUUUGUAUUUUAUCCUGCAGUGUAGCUGCUGAGCACCUUCCACUCUUAGAAACACAAGUCAUGCACCUGGGUUAGUGGACAAACAUCACCAAACAGAGUAAACCAGAAAGAUGCAGUCAAGCACUGCCAGAGUGCCAUAUUCUUUUUCUGCAAACAGAUGGAGAAACGUGCAUGCUGACACAGAUUUGACAAAGAAGUCGUUAAAGUACAGACAGUAGUUCAAUACUGAACCAGACGUUUUACAUUUUCACACUUACAGUAAACAGCCCGGCAGACAAGAUGUCACGAGUGAACACGUUAGACCUUUGCUCCCUCCCCACACAUUAACAAGUUGUUUUCUGCAUGUAAUGGUUGGUCAUCAAUAAUGUUUGGGGCAAGUUUUGUUUCAUCUAAACAUAAAUGUUUUGAAAUCAGUCACAUAAAAAUCUCACACUGGAGCUCCGGGAGUUUUGGUUGUUUUUUGUUUUUUCAUUUUGUUUUGUAUUUUGGACAAAAACCAUGCUGAUUGGAUUCAGAUAUCGAACUUAUUGGCUAGUCUUACAUUCCAGUGAUCACAACGAAGUGUUUUCUAUAUUGCUGUAAACUCGUCAGUGCAGUUGGAGGUUGCUGUAAAUGCCAAACAAGCCACCGUUAAGCCUUCUGGACACACACACAGGCACACACACACACACACACAGCAUCUGUUGUACAGACCUAUAUUCGUUAUGACUUUAAUGUGUGUGCGAGAUGGGGUUAUAAUUUAUUAGAGAUGAAUUUAUAAAUUAAUGUAAAUAUUUAUUUUGUGCUUGCUGUGCUGUAAAUGUGAUUUGAGCAAGUAUUUUAGACCUUUUUUUUCUAUGUCACAGAGUACUUCAGUUGACUACUUUGACAGAACAAAAGGAACCAUUUUCAAAUGUUUUGUGUUUCUUUAAAUUAAUAAUAAAGCCCUGGUUAAUGGAAGACUAAA